UUGUGGCAAUUAUUAACUUUGCUGUAGAUUAAAAUAGAAAUUAUAUAUAUAUAUAUAUGAAAACAUGAAACAUAUUACAACGAAUCUGCGACUGUGAAACGCAACAUUCUUCAACGCACCAUAUUUGUUUCAGAGUGUGUUGAUAUGUGUUGGAGCAGAUGUUAGCUGACAUAUUUUAUUCCACUUUUCCCACCUCUAAAGAAAAGGCUGUACAUUUCUAUCAGAUUAUUGCUUAUUUCGCGUGUCUUAUGGAUAUUAUCAGCAAUGUACCGGCGAGGGGGAAGCAAGACGGACCAUAAUAAGGCGAAUAAGGAGCAGAGCGACAGUAGCAAGUAUGCAGAGCUUCUGGUGUUCGGCUACGCCUGCAAGCUGUUCCGGGACGAUCAGAGGGCCAUCUACCACGAUCAGGACAAACACCUUAUCCCAUGGAUGGGAGACAAGAACAUCAUGAUCGAUAGGUAUGAUGGACGCGGUCAUUUACACGAUCUUUCGGAAUAUGACGCAGGCUCGUGGAAUCAUGAUUACCAGCUGUCCGAGGAGGAGGCGAGGAUUGAGGCUCUGUGUGAUGAGGAGAAGUACUUGGCCAUGCACACUGAUCUACUGGAGGAGGAAGCCAGACAAGAGGAGGAGUAUAAAAGGCUGAGCGAAGCCUUGGCCGAUGAAGGCACCUAUAACGCAGUUGCCUUCCGUUACAGCGCUGACUACUAUGACCCCUCCCAGCCCACUGAGGAAGAUGAGGCCAGCAAAGAAGCAGAUCAAGAGGAGCAGGAUGUAGAGAGUGAGGAGCCAUUUGUGGCGCCCCCUGGCCUCCUCAUCCCUCUGGAUGUAGAGCUGCCUGCGACCACCAAGACACAUGCUAUUAUUGAGCGCACCGCAAACUUUGUAUGCAAGCAGGGGGCCCAAUUUGAAAUUGUGCUGAAGGCAAAGCAGGCUGGGAACUCCCAGUUUGAUUUCCUGCGGUUUGACCACUAACUGAACCCUUACUACAAACAUAUUUUACAAGCUAUGAAGGAGGGCAGGUACACACCGGCAUCAGAGGGCAAACAGGACCAGCAACAGGAAUCAAAGUCUGACAAUUCCAACAAUGACGACGACGACGAUGAUGAUGAUGAUGAUGAUGAUGAUGAUGGAGAUGGAUACCUGCACCCGAGUUUGUUUGCAUCCAAGAAGAGCUCUCGUCUGGAGGAAAUAAUGAAGCCUCUGCAGGUCAUUGAUCCAGAUCACCCAUUAGCUGCGCUUGUUCGAAAAGUCCAACAGGAGAAUAAUGGCGCUGCAGCGAUGGCGACCAAAGCAGAAGAAGAGUAUCAGUCGUCGACAGCAGUAGCCACACAGGCAGAAUACACAGCUGACCCAAUGUACUAUGGGUACUGUAUGCUGCCUGAUGGAACGUACUGCCUUGCCCCGCCGCCUCCUGGGAUUGAUGCCAGCCCUUAUUACACCUCGCUGGCCACUGGCAUGAUGCCGGCUCCUCCUGCAUCUAGUCCUCCUCCUCCCCCUGGCACUACACCUUUGUUGAAUCCUGUGGCUUCAAUCCCAUCAGCCCCCGCUGCAGGUCCAGUCACGGUGUCAGCUCCUGCGUCUGCUCCGCUCUCACUUUCUGGUCCGGCCACCUCUCCAACCUCCAGUUCUCGACCUCCUCAAACCGCCGUUGCACCCAUGGUGCCGGCGGCUGCCGCCCCUGUCGCAGCCAUCAUCCCUCCUCCUCCCGACAUCAAGCCUGUCAUUGACAAACUAGCUGAGUAUGUGGCCAGAAACGGGGUGAAAUUUGAGAGCAGCGCGCGUGCCAAGAAUGACCCGCGGUUUGACUUCCUGCAGUCCUGGCACCAGUACAACUCAUAUUAUGAGUUCAAAAAGCACUACUUCAUGCAGAAAGAAGGCCUGAGCAUGCAGGAGGGAAGUGUUUCUGUGGGGGGGGGGGGGGACCGCACACCGAACUGCUCUUCUGACAAGCAGCAGAACGAGGGCAAGCUCAUUAAAGCAUCCUUUGCGCCCAUCUGCUUCGCUAUAAAGUCAAAAGAAAAUGACCUUCUGCCUCUGGAGAAGAACCGUGUCCGACUGGAUGACGACUCGGAUGAGGAUGGGAUGAAGGGGGAGGUGCAAGAGGGAGUGGAGUUGGCGAUAGGAUUGGUCGAAGCAGCCACCAGAGAGCCACCCCCUCAACCUCCAUUGGCUGAGGAGAAGAAGCUGGUACUGUCCCAGGAAGAGCUAGAGGCCAAACAAGCCAAACAGAAGCUGGAGGACCGGUUAGCAGCCGCAGCGAGAGAGAAACUGGCCCAGGUCUCCAAAGAGUCCAAAGAGAGGCAGCUUCAGGCUGAGCGCAAGAGGAAAGCUGCCCUCUUCCUGCAGACUCUGCGAGAGCCAGAGGCUGAGAUCAAGCAUACUGAGGAAACCAAUGCUGCGCCUACGCCAUUGGUGUCCACCCUUCCCAUGAUCAGCAUCCCUCAACAAACAUCUCGUAUACCAGGCUUUGACUACCAGCCGUUGGAAAGCACACUAUCAAGGAGUGCAAACACCCAUCCUUCUCAUGUGACCACGUCUUCCUCCUUGUCUUCGUCCCGUGGGCCUGAAAGGGAUCGGGAUAGGGAUCGUGGUAGGGAUUGGGAUCGAGAACUGGACAAGAGCAAGAAGAAACAUAAAAGGGCUCGGUCCCGCUCGCGCUCCAGAUCCAAAUCCAAAACCAAAACCAAGCACUCUUUGCCCAGUGCCUACAGCACCUACAGGAGAUCCAGGUCCCAGUCUCAUUCCCCCAGCCACAGAGACAGAUGAGCUCGCUCUUCGGACAGAAAGCGUGAUGAGCGAGAGAAGGUUAGCUACGGCCCAAGCACCUUCCGCCUUGGCAGCAACCCAGCACUGGGCAGGAAGCACUCCAGAUCAAGAUCACCUAAUGAAAAGAAGAAAAAGAAGGGUUCAAAGUCAUCGCACCAAUUUAAGGGUUCCUCCUGUUCGCCUUCGCCAUCCCCUGACAGAGGCGGAGCCAUUGCCAGAGUAUCUGCAAGCCCCUCCCCUGCCACAAGCCCCACCUCCAGCCUGAGGAGCUCCAGGGAUGGCUCUCAGGAGAAAGACAAGCAAGUGUCCUCCACUAUUGUCUCUUCGGUGCAAAGCAAAAUCACUCAGGACCUCAUGGCAAAAGUGCGAGCAAUGCUUGCUGCCUCCAAAGGCCUUCAGCCGAACUCCUCCUGAGAGAGUUCCACCACAUCCAGACAUGAUCUAUCUCCAGGAACAUCUAGCUAGGCAGCAGCAGCCUUCUAGCUAACUACUGGACCGCUGUUCGCCUGACAAGCUGCACAAUGCUGGAUGCUUUUAUCCCUUUAUGAAUGCCUGUUUGGACCUUGCGUUAGAAGUUUGUAUUUCUUCUCCAGAUUACCAUUAGGCAUGGAUAUCUCCUUUAUUUUGAAGGUGCAGGUGGAACCAAAGCAGGUAUAGAAAAAACUAAAGCAUCAGCAGAUGGUGGAGCUUUAGUCCAGCUGUGUGUUUUAGCAGUAAAACAACAACAAGUAUUAAAGGCGUAAUUCCUUGGAUGCAACUAAAAACAUUCUUUCCUUUGUAAUAUUGUGCCUACCAGAAGGACGCCGUUAUAUCCUUCUGUGAAGGAUAAUGCUGCUUAUAUCUCUCCUAUCUCUUUUUUUCCCUCUGAGCUCUUUUCGAUGCGAAGUCAUCAGCUUUCUUGGUUGUUGCUGGGUUGUUGUUUUUUUUCCAAUAUGUGGCCUUCAGUUUUUCAUUUCUAAGUUUACAUGGGCCUAAUUUUGAAACUACUAAAACCGUCAAUAAAGUUUGAAUUAUGGAA